GUGCUGAACCGACACUUCAUAGCGUUUGCUAAGCGCGAGCUCGAUAACCGCAUCAUGACGAACCCAGGCUUCUAUCACUGGCGGCAGGGUGGGGAGAAACACGUCAACGACCCGCUGUCCGUCGCCUUCCUACAGGGUUACAAGGUGACAGCAGAGAUAGCAGCGACGCGUAACUCGGUGCCCGGCGUCGGUCUCAUCUCGCCGCCGCCUCACCACGACAUCUACUCCAUCGAGGACCUCGCGCAGCUGAUCUACGACCUGAAGUGCACGAACCCGACCGCGCGCAUCAGCGUCAAGCUCGUGUCAGAGGUCGGCGUCGGAGUCGUCGCCGCCGGCGUCUCCAAGGGCAAGGCCGAGCACAUCGUGAUCUCGGGACACGACGGCGGUACGGGGGCCAGCAGCUGGACGGGCAUCAAGAACGCGGGCCUGCCCUGGGAGCUUGGCAUCGCGGAGACUCACCAGACUCUCGUGCUCAACGACCUGCGCUCCAGGGUCGUGCUGCAGGCCGACGGACAGAUACGCACCGGUCGCGACAUCAUCGUCGCCGCGCUGCUGGGAGCGGACGAGUUCGGCAUGUCGACAGCGCCCCUGGUGGCACUCGGCUGCACUAUGAUGCGCAAGUGUCACCUGAACACGUGCCCUGUCGGCAUAGCAACGCAGGACCCGGCUCUUCGCAGACUCUUCCACGGCACGCCCGAACACGUCAUCAACUACCUGUUCUACCUCGCCGAGGAGGUGCGGGAGUACCUCGGCAAGAUGGGAUUCCAGACGCUACAGGAAGCGAUCGGGCGUGCGGACAUGCUGCGUGUUGCCGGCACCCCCUGCAACAAGAAAGCGGCGCUGCUCGACUUUGGGCCGAUACUGACGUACGCGGCGGAAUUGCGUCCGGACGCCAGUACGGUGGCAGCGAGUGUAGUUCAGGACUUCAAGAUGGAGAACAGGCUGGAGAAUGAGCUGAUCAAGAAGGCGAUGCCGGUCAUCGAAGGACUGCAGUCGGAGCUGAUGGUCAAGAUGACCAUACGCAACGUGGACCGCACGUUCGGCGCCACCCUCAGCUACCACAUCUCCAAGGCCUACAAGGAGGAGGGUCUGCCAGAGGGAAGCAUCAUUGUGAAGCUGACAGGGUCGGGAGGUCAGAGCUUCGGAGCGUUCCUAGCGCGCGGCGUCUCGCUCGAGCUGGAAGGAGACGCCAACGACUACGUCGCCAAGGGUCUCUCGGGAGGAGAGGUGAUCGUCUACCCUCCCAAGAACAUGCCGGCGACGUUCCGCCCCCAGGACAACAUCCUCAUUGGCAACGUGUGUCUGUACGGCGCCACGUCCGGACGCGCGUUCUUCCGCGGGCAGGCCGCCGAGCGAUUCUGUGUGAGGAACAGUGGCGCCACCGCUGUCAUCGAGCCGAGCCUGCUCGACAUCGAGGAGCUUGUGAAGAACACGGAGCGCGACGAGAAGGUCUUCGAACUGCUGCUGGACAAAACCAGAGGAUUCGUCAAGUACACACGCUUCACGAAGCCUUAUCGCCCUGUCAACCAGCGCAUGAUGGACUGGAACGAGGUGUAUGAUCACGGGGGAGCGCGCAAGCAGCUACGCACACAGGCUGCCAGGUGCAUGGAGUGCGGCAUUCCGUUCUGUCAGUCUGAGACGGGCUGUCCGCUCGGCAACAUCAUCCCCAAGUUCAACGACCUCGUCUUCCACGAGAACUGGGAGGAGGCGCUGGAGCAGCUGCUGCAGACGAACAACUUCCCAGAGUUCACGGGACGCGUGUGCCCCGCGCCGUGCGAGGGUGCGUGCUGCGUCGGCAUCAGCCUGCCGCCGGUGACGAUAAAGCAAAUCGAGUGCGCGAUCAUCGACCACGCCUUCGAGCAGGGCUGGAUCAAGCCGCAGCCGCCCAAGCAUCGGACGGGCCGCACGGUCGCCGUCGUCGGGGGCGGCCCGGCGGGGCUGGCAGCUGCCGCCCAGCUCAACAAGGCAGGGCACAAGGUGACCGUCUACGAGAGAGACGAUCGGCUAGGAGGUCUGCUGCAGUACGGCAUUCCCACGAUGAAACUCAGCAAACAGGUCGUGAAGCGGCGUCUCGACCUGAUGGAGGAGGAGGGAAUCACGUUUGUUGCCGGCGUCGAAGUCGGCAAGGACAUCAGCGCCUCCUACCUGCUCGAGGAAUACGACAUCCUGCUGUUCACGACCGGCUCGACGAAGCCCCGCGACCUGCCCAUCCCAGGGCGCCACCUGGAGGGCAUUCACUUUGCAAUGCCGUACCUCACGGCGCAGGAGAAGAAGCUUUGGGGAGACGACGUCGAGAUGUCCGUGCUCCUCGCCACCGACAAGGACGUUCUUGUGAUUGGAGGGGGCGACACCGGCGUCGACUGCAUCGCGACCGCGCUGCGACAGAAAGCAAAGUCGGUGACGACGUUCGAGAUUCUACCGGCGCCCCCUGUAGACCGCGCGUCCGACAACCCGUGGCCGCAGUGGCCGAAGAUCUGGCGGGUGGAGUACGGUCACGAAGAGGUGGCCACACGCUACGGCAAGGACCCGCGCAACUUCAGCGUGCUAAGCAAGGAGUUCCUGGACGAUGGCACAGGCCGCGUCGCCGGCGUGCGCACGGUGCAGGUGGAGUGGACCAAGGACCUCGCGACGGGACGCUACAACAUGAAUGAGGUCGAAGACUCGGAGCACGUGUACACGGCGGACAUCGUCAUGCUGGCUAUGGGCUUCCUGGGACCGGAGCAGGCCGUACUGGACGAGCUGCACAUCAGUCGCGAUGCGCGCUCCAACAUGAAAACACCGCCGGGAGAGUACCGCACCAACGUGCCGCGCGUCUACGCCGCCGGAGAUUGCAGGCGUGGUCAGUCGCUCGUCGUGCACGCCAUCAACGAGGGUCGGCAGGCAGCGCGACAGAUCGACCUUGAACUCAUGCGAAGGACGUCGCUCGCCGGCCCCGGCGGAAUCGUCGUCGCCUCAAAGUCCAUCAUGAGGGCGCCACUGCCCGCCUAGAGGGCAGCACCUCCUGCGUGAGCGCGCGCUGCUUCCCCCGGCGGGCGGAUUCCACCCCCCCACCCCCGGGGGUGGCGGCGAUCGAGGCGAGAGAGAGGAGGACCGUGAAGAGAGGAACGGGAGAGGGACGGACGGAACGAACGGGUCGCGGCACGCUCCGCCAGGGGGCGCUGCGACGCGGCGAAGUAGUAUUAUUUCGAGGCGCGGCCACUGGGUGGCAGCGCGGCGGUCGCCGGGAUGACGGCCCUGAGCGACGGGCUGCGAUCGUCGCGAGAUCUAUCGCCCGCCAGUAGAUGGCGCCUCUAGCUCAACGUCUCGUGCGUCGUCGUGCCGACAGCAUGCUCCGCGCCUGCGGUAACCACUCGUUCUCCCAUUCCCCUUAAUUUCCUCUCCCCUUACUCUCACCAGAUUGCAUAUCUCAUUACUGCACCACUCGGGUUCCUCCCUGACCUCGCUUUGACCCUAGUGCCUCCUCCGUAGACCCUAAUACUUCCUCUUUCUCUCUCGCUCUUUCUUUCUCUCUUUCUUUCUCUCUCUCUCUCUCUCUCUCUCUCUCUCUCACUCUCUCUCUCUCUCUCUGCUGUACCACUGCACCCCUCACCUCGCCACACCCUUCACUUUAACCUUACCCAAUCCCCCCACCCUUCCCUCUGCGGUGUGGGUCAGGGAUAGGAAGGUGUGACGAUGGGUGGAGACGUGUAUUGUCGGCAUGACGCCGCCGUAGCUUGGGCGCUCCGUCGGACGGUCGGUCAGUCGGUCCGUCCGUCCGUCAAUCAGGGCCGUGUUUCGAGCGCUCAGGGAAGACAGGGGGCCGCAUGCGUCCCACAAUGCAAUACGGGGGUGCCACGCAUGCGCGCGCGCGUCAGGCAGCUAGACGGGCGCCGAUUCUCGCGCCGCAUUUCACCCGUUACGAUCGAUGAUCGAUCGAUUGGUUAUCGACAGUGUUUGUGGUUCGUGCAGGCGAGGACGGAGUGACCCUCAUCAAGUGACAGCUUCGAGCGGGUAACAUUGCAGCGUCGCACGCGCGUGUCGUUGCCGUGGUAACAGCAUAACAUCGCUGUUUAUCGCGCGUGGCGUUGCCGUGGUAACGACUGUUAGCGAUGCAGUGUUGUAGUGGCAUGCAAUGUUACUGGCGUGGUGUUGCCGUAGCAACAAUAGAGCGGUGAACUGUGUUACUGGUGUAGGGUUGCCGUGGUAACAGUGUGGCAUUGCGAUGUUGCAGGUAGAGUAUUAUUUACAAGUGUAGCGUUGCAAUGUUACAUGCUUUAGAUUGCAAUGUUAUAAGUGUUCCUUUGACCUGUUAAGGCUGUAGCAUUACAAUGUUACAAGUGUAAUGUUGCUGUUUAAAUUGCAUGUGUGUUGUUCGGCGUGUACAUUUAGGCGAAAACAGUUGCUUGCCAGCUACCACACGUGUUUCGUGGUAUAGUAGGCACUCGGUAAUAUAUAUAUAUAUAUAUAUAUACACAGUCACAGACACUCGCUCAUACCCACACACAAACGCCCGUGCACGCACACGUGCACACACACGCACACAGACACACACACACACACGCACAUGCACACAUAUACAUGUUAACACAAACAGGAGUGCAUAUAUAUAGCAUACUAGUUACUUCAAUGUUGAGAAUUUCCACGUUAAAUUUGCCUUUUGCGCGAGGAAGUUGCCGGAUACAUACAGUAGAUGGCGCCACCUUGUCGCUUUUUCCUGAGGUCCCGACGACGCGCUAGUUUGUGUGUCGUGUGUGAUAUGAUAACGCUGAGGAUGCCAUGUAGACGUAGCGUGUAGCGAGUAGGUACUAGGGAGUUUAUUUUUUAUUUAUGACACCGCGGACGGACGCCGCGGUGGCUCCCCCUCUGGGCCGCUACCAGCCGCGCGUUCGCGCAGCGAUGGGCGUCCGCCGUGAGAGAGCGACGCGUCGUUUCGUCCUCUACCCUGAUCGUAAGAACCACGGGUCUCCGUGCGACGUUCUGCGGCCUGAUGCUGGCAGCUCUAGGUAGAGUGGCCUCGGGUAGCGGCCCGGCGCGCGGAGCUCCCGGGUCGCGUACGAUAGGUGACCGGUCUCUCGGCGGGCGCGUUGCUGACGGUAUAGCCAUUAUACUACGUUAUAAUUAUAUGAUUACCCAAGUAUGUGAAGGCAAGCAGGCAGGCAGGCAGGCAGGACAGGCAAAUAGCCCGGUAAGAGGCCCAUGCAGGGAACAAGAUAGACAGGGUACAAAACAUUACCAUGGAGGCCAGGCAUUGCGCGCAAGGGAGGAAGGGAAGGGCAGCGUUCGGGAAAGCAAAACAGUGUUCUGUCCCAUGCAUCCUUGUUAGAAUCUCCAUUUACGCCAGUAUUCUGUGUGCCAUUCCCGAUUGUAUUCAUCGCUGCGUAAAACCGCGCAUUCCUUCUCGUUUCUCUUGCAUUGUUGAGUUCGUUUUGCACCUAUAAACCAGUAUGUUAUUCACUGUUUGAAUCUCGCGACGUAAAACAGUAUUCUCCAACCAUUGUUUGAGCGCCAGUGCAAAGUUUGUUCUACUGGACGAGAGAUGGAGCCACUGUUGUAGGCUGCAGUGUGUGUAUAAGACGCCUUGCCAUUGUCAGUACGCGGGUUAGUUCUGCGAAUAAAUGAGAAUGUAUACAAGCAAA